UGCGAUUUUUCCAAGACUAUGUGGGGAUAUACUCUUAUUAUGUGUUGAUGCCAUUGACGUGUUUGUGUACUGGGAUAUUCUUGGUGAACAACACAAAGGAACAUACACAAUAAACAGGUCGGACAUAAGCAGGCCGGGUCCCCGUUUUAACUUCCCUUGAAGACGAUAAAACAUGUUUUGUUUGCUCAAGUAAGGACUUAUGAUUCGGGCAAACAUCAGUACCUCCUGCUGUUUUUAGCCUUGGUCCAGUUCCCUCUUUUGGUAUGGUUUGGUAACAUUAGUGUUGAUUGGCCUUUUUGAAUAUGUGUUCUUUUUUUGUUUACAAUAUACGGUUUUUGUUGUGAAUUCUUAUUGGUACUUGUAGCAAAACCUGAACAUUUAUUGGCAAUGCAGGUUGAUCUAUUCAUAUGAAUGUGGUGAAGAAAGAAAGUGUCAUUUUGAACAUUAUUGUUUAAGUUUAUUUCUACUUCUUUUUACUAAUUUCUCUUCUAUAUUAUUAUGUGCUUGUGGCAACUAAUAUUUGUUGUUGAAAAAGAAACAAUUUUCUUGUUUACUGCAUAUGAAAGAAACUGGCAUGAGAUUCACGCAAAUGGGACAAUUUUAAAUCAUGGAUUGACAUUUUCUCUCCUACCACAUAUAAAAAUAUUCUUGUAACUAGUCUCUCUAAUCCUACCCAUUUUUUUUAUAUCAGAGACUUUUUUUUUUUGUAAAUGGCCUUAAUAUAUUUCAGAGACUUUUUCUUGCUAAAUAAAAAUACAUGUUUGUUGUCAUUUCUCCGAAUUCAUUAAAAAUACAAACACAUCAUGAUGAUAUAAACAAACACACAUCAUAUUCAAGGUCUGCCUUAAAUAAUUUUGAAAUAAUGGUAAAGCUAACAAUUAGGUUGGAUAUUUCAUUAAACAAGUUAAUGUCGAUUAUGCAAUAAUUCAUGUCUCCUAGUAAUUGUCACAUCGGUGAUUCGGAUGAUUCUCUAACUUAACCCAUAUGGCACUUCAAUAUAUCUCAAAAGUCAAUGAAGUAUGCAAUGGUCUUGAUUUUUGUAAAUCAUUGAGUACUGAAAAGUUAUUGCUGUAGAUAAAGAUUGAAAACUUGUAGACUUGAGCUACCAUAUUUUUGUAACUUUCUCCACUAGAUUAAUUUUUGUAACUUUCUCCACUAGAUUAAAUUUUGUAACGUUCUCCACUUUGAUUAAGCUUAAAGAUUAGAGCUUUGAAAAGAUGAUAGGAUCUCACGUUUGCCUUACGUUCUAAGUUAACGUCAAAUUUUGUUUUUCUCGUCAAUAAUUUAGAAAAUUAUAUAAAAUAAAAGAAAGAAUGAAAGAGAGAAGUUUACCAAAAAGAAUGAAAGAGAGAAGUUGGUUGAAACAGUAGUUGCAGAGACAUGGUUAGUUCUGCUGACUCUGUCAAGUCAUCUUCUCUCUCGUUUACUUUACGUUAAGAUCUCUUUCUUCCUCCAGAAAACAGAGACAUCCACUUUCCUGCAAACUCAAUUCUUUUCCCUUUCCCAUCAAAGCUAAGCUUUUCUCUAAUUUCCCAUGGAAACACACAGAAAAUAAACAGUUAGCAUCACCUAAUUCUCUUUAACAUUUUGUUUUCUCUGGAAAAUCUUCAAAAAAAUCGAAAAAACCGAGACACCCAUUUUCGAAAAGUCAUUAAUUCCCGACUCAGUUUCACUUUCUAAGGGAAACAAAACAAAAUAAUUUGGAAACUCUGUUUUUUUUUUUGGUCUAAUCAGAAACAAAUGUCUUUGAUCAAUAAAGGAGCCACCUUGGCUCUGUUUCUAGCGUUGACCAUGGUGGUGAACGGCGUUUUCGGGAGAUUCAUCGUUGAGAAGAGCAGCGUCACGAUCUUAAGCCCUUUGGCAAUGCGGUCGAAACACGACGCAGCCAUUGCUAACUUCGGCGUACCUAACUACGGUGGUUACAUGAUCGGCUCCGUCGUCUACGCCGGUCAAGGAGCUUUUGGGUGCGAUUCCUUUGACAAGACUUUCAAACCCAAGUUCCCUCGUCCUACCAUCUUAAUCAUCGAUCGUGGAGAGUGCUACUUUGCACUAAAGGUAUGGAACGGUCAAAAAUCCGGUGCAGCAGCAGUUCUAAUAGCAGAUAACGUAGACGAGUCAUUGAUAACAAUGGAUUCACCUGAAGAAUCCAAAGAAGCUGAUGACUUCAUAGAGAAACUCACCAUUCCAUCUGCUUUAAUCGACCUUUCUUUCGCAAACACCCUCAAGCAAGCUCUCAAGAAAGGAGAGGAAGUAGUCCUCAAGAUAGACUGGAGCGAGUCACUGCCUCAUCCGGAUGAGAGAGUUGAGUAUGAGCUAUGGACUAACACUAACGAUGAGUGUGGUGCGCGGUGCGAUGAGCAGAUGAAUUUUGUAAAAAACUUUAAAGGGCACGCACAGAUUCUCGAGAAAGGAGGAUACUCUUUGUUCACACCUCAUUACAUUACAUGGUUUUGUCCUAAAGAUUAUGUUUCAAGCAAUCAGUGUAAGUCUCAGUGUAUAAACCAAGGGAGGUAUUGUGCUCCUGACCCUGAACAAGACUUUGGAGAUGGAUACGAUGGGAAAGACAUUGUUUUUGAGAACUUGAGACAGCUAUGUGUUCAUAGAGUAGGGAAGGAGAUUAACAAGUCUUGGGUUUGGUGGGACUAUGUGACUGAUUUUCACAUCAGGUGUUCCAUGAAGGAGAAGAAGUAUACUAAAGAAUGUGCAGAGAGUGUUGUGGAAUCUCUAGGUUUGCCACUUGACAAGAUCAAGAAAUGUAUGGGUGAUCCUGCAGCUGAUGUGGAGAAUGAGGUUUUAAAAGGUGAGCAAGCACUUCAGGUUGGACAGGGAGACCGUGGGGAUGUCACAAUCUUGCCAACAUUGAUCAUCAACAAUGCUCAAUACCGCGGUAAACUCGAGAGUAGUUCGGUAUUAAAGGCUAUAUGUUCAGGUUUCAAGGAGAGAACCGAACCCGGGAUCUGUCUAAGUGGAGAUAUAGAAACAAAUGAAUGUCUUGAAGCAAAUGGAGGAUGUUGGCAAGACAAGAAAUCUAAUGUAACAGCUUGCAAGGACACAUUUAGGGGAAGAGUCUGUGAAUGCCCUGUUGUGAAUGGUGUGCAGUAUAAAGGAGAUGGCUAUACUUCAUGUGAACCUUAUGGACCUGCAAGAUGUUCAUUGAAUCAAGGAGGCUGCUGGUCUGAAACCAAAAAGGGCCUAACUUUCUCCGCUUGUUCGAACACGGAGACAUCUGGAUGUCGUUGCCCUUCAGGUUUCAAAGGAGAUGGUCUUAAAUGUGAAGACAUUGAUGAAUGUAAGGAGAAAUCAGCAUGUCAAUGUGAUGGAUGCAAGUGUAACAACAAAUGGGGAAGCUUCGAAUGCAAAUGCUCCGGCAAUCGUCUCUACAUGAAAGAACAAGACACUUGUAUUGAGAAAAGCGGGUCAGGAAUUGGAUGGUUCUUUACAUUUGUGAUACUAGCUGCAGUUGGAGGUAUCUGUGUAGGUGGUUACGUGUUCUACAAGUAUCGUCUCAGGUCUUAUAUGGAUUCAGAAAUCAUGGCGAUUAUGUCUCAGUACAUGCCAUUGGAGAGCCAAAACACUAGCGAUCCAAUGACUGGUGAAUCUCAACAGCUGCGACUAACUUCUGCAGCCUAAUUUUUUUCACCUUUUUUUAAUAGAGAAUUUGCUGUGUUAACCUCAAGGAAAGUCUUUGAAAAGAGCAUAAAGAAGAUAUUGUAUUUGACCCAAAAAAAAAGAAGAUAUUGUAUUUUCUUUUGUUUUUACUUUUGAUUGUUUAUCCUAAAAAAAAAAUACUUCGUUUCUGGUCAAUUUUUACAUUUUCUACUACUUUCAUUAGGGUUAUAUUUUGAAAGGGCGUCUGUAUUGUAAAUAACUGAAUGAAUUGGUUCGGACUUUUGUUAUAAAUGAGUAUGAUCUUUUCUUUUGUCAAAAA